CCAUUCCGACUCGUAGCUUCAUUUUUUGAUAGGUGGAUCGCUUCUGGUCUCCUCAAAUUCCUUCGGCAGGCAGUCUCCCACGCCCGCCCGACUCCCACUUCCUGGCUCUCUCCCUCUCAGAGAAACGACCUCUUCCCCUUCCGCGGCAUCUGGUCCAAGGUAGAGUCGCUAAAACGUGUGAUGGUUCGAUUCCUCAAGCGCGGACCGAGCCUCGACAAGCCGGUGCAGGGGAGGGAGCAGACGUGCGAGAUCUCGGGACGCCAGGCGCAGAGCCUAAUUCUGGAGGGUGCGGGUGGGAGUGAGGAGAACGCGAUCUUUCGGAGCCAGGGAGAAACUUUGGGUCGUCGUCCUGUUGACGGGCAGCAGAUCGGCUGGGCGCUCGACCGGUCCUCCGGCAAUGCCCCAAAAUCUCACCUGCGCAAUGGUGGGAUGCCCUCAGAUAUGGAGCUCAUGAAGGAGAGGUUUGCGAAGCUGCUCCUCGGCGAAGACAUGUCAGGUGGUGGAAAAGGAGUCUCUUCAGCUCUAGCUCUGUCCAAUGCCAUCACCAAUCUUGCCGCUUCUGUUUUUGGUGAGCAAAGGCGUUUAGAGCCAAUGUCUGCUGAAAGGAAAGCAAGGUGGCAUAGAGAAAUUGAUUGGCUUUUAUCUGUCACUGAUCAUAUUGUAGAAUUUGUUCCUUCAAAACAGAUAUCAAAAGAUGGAUCACACAUGGAGAUAAUGGUAACUCAAGAACGAAGAGAUCUUUACUUUAACAUCCCUGCCUUACGCAAGCUCGAUGCAAUGCUUAUUGGCUAUCUUGAUAACUUCAAAGAUCAGGAUGAAUUUUGGUAUGUAUCACGAGAUGCUGAUGAGUCUGAGAAGGGGAACACAGGGAGGAAGGAUGACAAGUGGUGGCUUCCCACUGUCAAAGUGCCUCCAAAUGGGCUCUCUGAGGUCACCACAAGAUGGUUGGUAUACCAAAAAGAGUCCGUAAACCAAGUUCUGAAGGCAGCUAUGGCUAUAAAUGCUCAGGUUCUUACGGAAAUGGAGGUCCCUGAGGUGCAUAUUGAAUCGCUUCCAAAGAAUGGGAGGUCAAGCCUUGGAGAUGCAAUCUACAAGAGCAUUACUGUUGAAGUGUUUAACCCAGAAGAGUUUCUUGCAUCAAUGGACUUGGCGACGGAGCACGGGGUCCUUGACCUUAAAAACCGGAUUGAAGCAUCCAUUAUAAUUUGGAAGAGGAAGAUGCACAAUAAGGAUGGCAAGUCAUCUUGGGGUUCUACUAUUAGCUCAGAGAAGAGGGAGCAGUUUGAAGAGAGAGCAGAAACCAUCUUACACCUUAUCAAGCAAAGAUUUCCUGGCAUUCCUCAAUCAGCCCUUGACAUAAGCAAAAUCCAGUACAACAGAGAUUUUGGACAAGCUGUUCUAGAAAGCUACUCAAGGGUUCUAGAAAGCUUAGCAUUCACCGUGAUGUCGCAAAUUGAAGAUGUCCUUUAUGCAGACUCUGUUGCUCGAGAUCCAUCGCAUAAGGACUCAAACAGAAAACACUCAUGGUCUGAUUCAGACACAACAGGAAUGGUGAAGAAACUGGACCCGAAGGAAGAGUUAGAGAAGUUGAAGGAAGCACCCACAUCAAUGACACUGUCAGAUUUCAUGGGUUGGCAUUUUGAUCCAGAUGCGGAAGCAGAAAAGAAGGAUUCAGGGAGUUUGCGUGAGAACAUGGAAAAACUCAAGAAGCCUCCUAACACUGGGGCAAAGAAAUUUUCAUAUAGAGAGAAGCUCGAGAUCUUGGGAGGCUUGAGAAGUCCAACAGCUCGCCAUUAAGGGGUUCUGCAGAGCAAAGGAGAUGUGAAAAUUGUCACCUCUCGAGCCCGAAGCACGGCAGACGCCGCACGCCCGCACGGCGGACCGUACAAGCAUGCAAGGCAGCUGAUCAUAUUAAAGCAAUUACAAAUACUUCAAAUUUGUUUAAACAUUAAUUUAAUCAAAUAGUUUUUACAAUAAAUUCAAAAUAACAUGUGCUGAUAUAAAUCAAAUAAUCUAGCUAA